AUGACUGUGUCAGAGAAGGGUUCCCACUUUCACAGCUCCCGGCGGCAGCGCUACGGCGCCGUCUUCAAGACGCACCUUCUGGGGAAGCCGGUGGUUCGGGUGAGCGGCGCCGAGAACGUGCGCAAGAUCCUCCUGGGCGAGCACAGCCUGGUCAGCUCCCAGUGGCCGCUCAGCACCCAGAUCCUGCUGGGCUCCCACACGCUGCUCAACGCCCACGCCGAGGUGCACCGGCACCGGAGGAAGAUCCUGGCCCGCGUCUUCAGCCGCGCCGCCCUGGAGGUCUACUUGCCCCGAAUCCAACGCCUGGUGUGCUGGGAGCUGCGCGGUUGGUGCCGCCGCCGGGGGCCCAUCGCCGUCUACGCCUCGGCCAAGGUUUUGACUUUCCGCAUCGCUGCGCGGAUCCUGCUGGGCCUCCGGCUGGAAGAGGAGCAGUUCGUGGAGCUGUCCGGGGCCUUCGAGCAACUGGUGGAGAACCUCUUUAGCCUGCCGCUCAACGUCCCCUUCAGCGGAUUGAGGAAGCUGGAUUGCCAGUCCAUAACGAUAAACAGCCACCUCGUUUCUAUUGCCAAUGAGGAAGAGACAGAGCUACUGUCCAAGUACCUGGAGGAAAACCAGGCUCUAGGGUCAUCAGUCUGGAUUGGGAUGUUUGAGAACAAAAUUGGGACUAUGAAG